AUGAACUUUUUUAAUCAAUUGGUAACAGGAACACCAUGUACCAUCGAUUUUGAUUUAGAUAACUGUCAAAAUAGAAAGACAAUAGAAGUUACUCAAGACAAAGGAAAGGUUGAAAAGCUAUUUGUAUUUGUUGGUAAUGAACCAGUCUCUGGCAAAGUUGCUAUCACCUUGAAGGAUAAGGCUAAAAAGAUUGAACACAAAGGGAUCAAAGUAGAGUUUGUUGGACAAAUUGAAUUAUAUUAUGACAGAGGUAAUCAUUAUGAAUUUACAUCUUUGGUUAGAGAAUUGGCACCAGCAGGUGAAUUGACCGAAAACAAGACUUUUACUUAUGACUUUAUGAAUGUUGAAAAGCAAUACGAAUCUUACAAUGGUACAAACACCAGACUAAGAUAUUUUGUCAGAUUGACAAUCUCUAGAAGUUAUGCACCAAACAUUAUCAAGGAAUACGAUAUUUGGGUCAUCAACUACAACAAACCACCCGAAGUCAACAGCAACAUCAAGAUGGAAGUCGGUAUUGAGGACUGUCUUCACAUUGAGUUUGAAUACAACAAAUCAAAGUAUCACUUAAAGGAUGUCAUCAUUGGAAAGAUUUACUUCCUUUUGGUAAGAAUUAAAAUUAAAUAUAUGGAGAUUGCUUUAAUCAAGAGAGAGCAAACCGGUCAUGGUCCAAACGUUUUCAAUGAAAGCGAAACUUUAACCAAAUUUGAAAUUAUGGAUGGUGCUCCAGUUAGAGGUGAAUCAAUCCCAGUUAGACUUUUCCUUUCAGUUUUCGAUCUUACUCCAACCUAUAGAAGUGUUCACAACAAGUUCUCUGUUAAAUAUUACUUGAAUCUUGCUCUUGUUGAUGAAGAUGAUAAAAAGUAUUUCAAACAACAAGAAAUCACAUUAUGGAGAAGAGAUGCCACAAAGAGACCAUUAUCAACAGUUAAUUCUGCCACUGCCAAACUUGAACCAUCUCACCCAGAGGUCCCAACUUUAGAUCCAGAAGCCUCAACUGAUGAAAGCGAUUAA